GUUGAAUUUCACCGAAAUUCUCCCGGGCCAGUUGUCUGAUUCAGAAUCUUGGACCUGCCACUCUCGCAAUCGAGGUUUAUAAGACUAACGUCCGUCACGCGCCAGGCCUUGCCACAUCUUCAUCACCCUGGUCAAGGAUGUUUAUCACUGCACGAUCUGCGGGAGUGAAACUGCUCACUAAAGCUAAUAUAUUGGCUGUGUCGCAGGUUUUGCUUGCGCUUGAAGUGUUGUCUUCUCCGACGGCCACUAUAUCUGCAUCCAUCGUCAACCUGGGUUAUGCCCAGUACCAGGGAUCAGUUGACACGGCGACAAACAUCACCAGCUUCCUUGGAAUACGCUACGCGGCUCCUCCAGUUGGCGACUUAAGAUGGGUGGCCCCGCAGCCUCCACCGACUGUCUCUGGGAUUCAACAAGCUACCACGCAACCAAACGCAUGUAAUCAAGCAGCCGAAGGCGAUUCUUUGACAAAUCCGUUUGAAAGCAUCUCUAUGAAGAAAAGGGAUAUUGGCCUAUCUGAAGACUGUUUAUUCUUGAAUGUAUACACUCCUGGAAGUGAAGUGGUGCCAACUCCGGGAGGAGGGCUCCCAGUUAUCGUUUGGAUUCACGGAGGAGGGUAUCUCAUAGGAGCUGCAAGCCCAUUCAAUGGCGCAGAUUUAAUUGUAGACUCAAAUUAUGGUGUUAUCACAGUCUUAAUUCAGUACCGCCUCGGUUUAUUUGGGUUUCUUCCCGGGGAAGCGGUCAAGGAAAGGGGUGCACUCAAUGCUGGACUACUCGACCAGAAUUAUGCCUUACAGUGGGUGCAGGCCUACAUAAGCGCCUUUGGCGGCGACCCCACGAAGGUCACAAUUUGGGGAGAGUCCGCUGGUGCCGGAUCGGUGCUACAGCAUAUCGUUGCCCAUGGAGGAAACACGCAGCCCCCCCUCUUUAGAAUCGCCAUAACGAGUUCCACGUUCUUGCCAUCCCAAUAUAACUAUAAUGACCGGAUUCCGGAGCUGUUGUAUAGUGAGGUCGUCAAUGGAACAAACUGUACCUCGAGCUCGGAUACCCUCUCUUGUUUGCGCGCUGCAGAUGUCAAUACGCUGCAGACCUUGAACUAUAACAUCAACCUCAAUGGGUUCUUUGGUACGUAUGUAUUCGUCCCUGUUGUGGAUGGCACUUUCAUCUUGGAGAGGCCUACUGUGACGAUAAGGAAAGGUCGUUUGAAUGGCAACUAUCUGCUUGCUAUGACCAAUCCGCAUGAGGGGAAUGGUUUUGUCAACCAAUCGACGACAUUGGAUAUUGCAGAUUAUGUCAAGACGCUUUUCCCGAAUAUCGGUUUUGCUCAGGCUGCUGGAGUGGUGACGAUGUACCAGAACUACGGAAGUAACGUCAACCAGGCAGAUCUUGUGAUGGGUGAAUCAAUAUUCGUUUGCCCCACCUAUUAUCUCCUCUUAGCAUUUGGAGAACGCGCUUGGAAAGGCGAGUUUGCAAUCCCGCCUGGCCUGCAUGGAAAUGACGUUGCAUACUACUUCACCUCAUUUUCGGGUGGUCCUGCAUACAACAAUUCGCAGUUCAUCACUGCUUUCUCGAAUUCAUUCAUGGCUAUGGUCAUGUCUGAGACUCCUGAUGACAGAUACACCCCAGGAGAUAUCACACCCUCCUGGAGACCUUGGCGACCUGAUUUGACAGAGAUGAUGUUCAACAAGACAUCUGCGGGAGCACCUGACAUUUACACUUUCAAGACCAAUAGUGCCUUACUGGAGCGUUGCGCCUACUGGCAAGACGUGUCGGCAUAUUCAGCGCAGUGAAUGGAAGUUGAGGUAACUGCAUGAGAUCACUGCGACGAGACUUUUGCAUUAAUUAGAAGGUCCAUUGGAUCAUAUCAGUUUGCAACAACUGCUACCAUUCUCAGUAUGCAUAUUGACCUGUCCAGUGCCGGUGAUGUCAGAUCUUUCAGCCUGAGUACAUUCAAUGUUAGGCCUUCCCAAGACGACCCUGCUACAACGGAGUUGCACAAUUCUCUUGUUUUGAUUGGAC